AUGAACGCCACCAUCAAACUCUCUCUGGCUACUGUUUCAUACGCUACUGUUAUACUUAUUGGAGCUCUUUUAUUGGGCAAGUCAUUGAAUCAUCAAGGACCGUGGGAACACUCUGGAAGCGCUGUAUUGAUCAAGAGACAAGUCUCACCACCUCCCAUCAUCCCGCAACAACCUAUCGCUUAUCCAUCACCUGAUGAAACUCUGUUCAUUACCGACGACUUCUUGACUGAUGAGAUUGUCACGUCAUCAAUGGCAUAUGUUCAAUCGGUGGUCCCAGCUGCCCUAUUGAGUGUCACGCCUUCAAGUUAUGUUCUGGAAUCAAAUGUCACCUAUACCGCGGAUCCAGCUGCCAAUUGUUACUGGGCUGGCACCUUGUGCACACGAAACACAUCAGGGGACUGGGGUCUUCCUGAUGUCGUGUACUGCCCUCAGAACUAUCAAUGGGGACUCACUUAUGACGAUGCUCCAAGUGAAAAUAUCGUUAAUGGUGUUCAUAGUAAUGACACAAUUGCUCUCAUGGAUCAAUUGGACGCCAUGAAUAUCAAGACUACAUUUUUCGUCACUGGUUCACAAUCAUCGACUUCUCCUGCCAGUUUGGUUGCCAUCGCAAACCGCAGUCAUCACGUUGCUCAUCACACUUGGUCUCAUCACCCGCUUACAAGUUUGACAAAUGAGCAAGUUGUAGCUGAAAUGAUGUACACUGCUGCAAUAAUCUACAACGUAACGGGUAUCAGUGUUCGUUACUUUCGUCCUCCUUAUGGUGAUAUUGAUGAUCGUGUUCGUGCCAUCGUCAAUGCUCUUGGUUUCCGAGUCAUCAUGUGGGACACCAUAUAUGAUGCUACUGAUGCUGAUGUCGUUGCGUCCCCUGAAAGCUUUGCAAUAGUUGAAUCCAUUAUUGCUUCAUGGUUUAACAGUGUGCCAGGCUUUAUUGCACUUCAACACACCAUCGAUACCUUCACAUCAGGCACUUCAAUUGCUUCUCUCGUGAAAAUUCAAUCACUUGGUGGCAUAUUGAAUCAAAUGAUGCCAGUUCCCCAGUGUCUUGGAGACACUCAAUGGUACAAGAAUGCAAAUGUAACCACUAUAUACAAUUCCUGCACAAUCCCAGGAGGGUGCAAUGGUGCAACUGCUUCUGCUCCAGUGACUGCUUCCGCUCCCAGUGCAACCGCAAGCUCCUGA